CCCAGGCAGGAGUUUCCCCGACAGCUGGAGGCUGCGUGGGAUCCGGCGGCGGCUCCCGAGCUCAGCGGUGCGGCCUUCCCCGCCCCCUCUUCCCUCCUCCCCCGCCCGCUUCCGCCCGGCUUAUUAUCCUCCUUAUUGACAAACAGAGCGGCCGCGGCGGCGACUCUCGGCGUGCGUUUGUAGCCAAGCCAUGGGAGACAAGAAGAGCCCCACCAGGCCGAAGCGGCAGCCGAAGCCGUCCUCGGAUGAGGGUUACUGGGACUGUAGCGUCUGCACCUUCCGGAACAGCGCCGAGGCCUUCAAGUGCAUGAUGUGCGAUGUGCGGAAGGGCACCUCCACCCGAGAAGAAAAAGCUGGAUCACUUACCAGUAACUGGAGUUCUCCUAUUGGGUAAUCUCCACAGAUCCACAUUCUUUGAAGUUAUUGUGAAUGCCUCGAGGACCAAGGAACCGUUGAAAUUUCCAAUUUCAGGAAGGAAACCUCGACCUGUCUCCCAGUUGGUUGCCCAGCAGGUUACUCAGCAGUUUGUGCCCCCUACACAGUCAAAGAAAGAGAAAAAAGAUAAAGUAGAAAAAGAAAAAAGUGAAAAGGAAACAACUAGCAAAAAGAACAGUCAUAAGAAAACCAGGCCAAGAUUGAAAAAUGUGGAUCGGAGUAGCGCUCAGCAUUUGGAAGUUACCGUUGGAGAUCUGACAGUCAUUAUUACAGACUUUAAGGAGAAAACGAAGUCACCGCCUGCAUCUAGUGCUGCUUCUGCAGAUCAACACAGUCAGAGUGGCUCUAGCUCUGAUAACACAGAGAGGGGAAUGUCCAGGUCAUCUUCACCUAGAGGAGAAGCCUCAUCAUUGAAUGGAGAAUCUCAUUAAAGUUUAUUUUCUCCAAUUUCUUAGUCACUUCUGUCAUAACAUGCAAAUACACAGAUUAUGCCAAGAAGUACCACAUUUUCAUGACAGACAUUCAUGCACAAUCCGUAAUUUGCAUUUUACACAAAAUAGAAAUUUGUUAGAAUUUGUUAGACUUUAUUGCAGUCUAUGCCUACCAAACAUUUUCAGACUUGACAUUUUGGUCUCCACAGUUCAAGGUGCCAUGAAAAUGUGGUUGAAUUAUUCAUUAUGCAGUGUUAUUGGUAAGUCUAUUUUCACUUUUAGUUUAGUGAAUUCUAACACAUAAUUCUUGAAUUCUCUACUAUUGGCAUGUAACGAAUUUAAAUUUUUAUAACAUAGUGCAAGCUGCCUAAAUAUGUAUUAUUUGAGAAUUGUGAAACAAAUAGUUAUAUGUAUACAAGUCAAAGAUCAACUUAAUCAACUAUUGCUGCAACAGGAUUUUCUUAAUGGUUAUCCUCUUAAAUACACCUGCUGGUACUUGGUGUGGUUAAAUAGGAAAAAUUGUUAUUAAAUAAAGAAUUUGUAUGAACCGUUGCCAAUGUUUUUGACACAUUUUACUAAAUUAUUGUUCCUGAAUUAUGUUUCUGGUUUUAUCUUUGUUUUUGUUUUUGUUUAUCUUUUAAAACAUUCAUUAUUGUAAUGUUUACUAGCAGAGUAGUAAACAAUAAAACAUUGAUUAUUUAGCUUUAUAAUUCAGGUUUAGUGCUCUUGUCAUUGAACACUGGUAUUUUUCUGUAUAAUAUAAAAACAUUGAAGUUCAAGUAAUUAUAAGCAUUUGGCAAAAAAAGAAAAGAAACCUGACGUAUUUUAAAGGCUGCAAUUUUGGAAAAGCUUUAACUUAAUAAUAGUUUAUCAUUGUUGUCUUGCCCCAAACUUGUGCAGGGUCAUAGAAAUAUGAAUCUAAUUAAUAAAGAAAUGGGAACUGUUGCACAGAACUGGGAAAUAACUAAUCUUAAAUCAGUUUAAUUGGCCUCUUAUAAUGAUUCUUAUAAAAGUUAUAGUGCCCUAUUUUCAGACACAAACUGCCAGUUUAUGCAUUUAUCAAUAUCCUGAAAUUAAAAAAGUAUUUACAGCCCCACUUACUAUUAUGUAAAAUUACCAAUAAAAUAUUUUUGUGACUACAGAUUUUGCAUUUUUGUUCACAACUAAUAAUGUGUUUCAUGUUGUAUUUAAAAAUCCAACCUAGAAACCACACAGUACUUCUUAAAUUUUUCUAGGGUCUCCUGCUGCUUUUAGCCAUUUGCUUAAUAUAUACCCACUUCUAGGAGACAUCUGAAAUAGAAAUUAAAAACAUAACCUGGAUACAGAACAUCACUUAAAAACACUAUGAUCGCAUUUGAAGAAGAGAAAAAACAAAACUGUAGACCCUGACAGUUGUGAUAUUUGGUGGUUUCUCGUGGUAAUGUAAUUUUCUGUUUAAUUGCAGUACUUUUUCCAGGCACAAUGGGACUGUCUUUUUUGUAAGAUGCUAGUUGUGAAAUACAGUUAAUUGCAUACAGUAAAAGUCUGUGAUUAAAACAUUUAUAUACCUCA